CUAAUUUCUAAUCGAUUUGGACUUUGGACAAAAGGAAUCGAUGGCUCUAAUAGUGUUGAAGAAUAACUAGCUUGGUGGCAUUGGCAUCUAUUCUUAACUGUGCUGAAUUCCAGGUAUUAGGGUUUUCCUUCAUACAAACUUUUCACUUCUUCAGGUUUUAAUGGGUGUGAUUGAUCUGUGCAACCCUUCUUCUGUUUGCAUGAUUAAGUCAAGUCUUAGUAAACCCAGUUUUGGAUUUGAGGUGAAUCACAAAAGGGUUUUUGCUAUGGCUUCUACACUGCCUGUUGAACAAGUGAAAAGCCAACAGAGAGUCACUGGGGACUCUUUUAUUAGAACCCAUCUCAGAAACUUAUCCCCUUACCAACCCAUUUUGCCUUUUGAGGUAUUAUCAACUCGCCUUGGUAGGAAGCCUGAGGAUAUUAUUAAAUUGGAUGCAAAUGAGAACCCUUAUGGUCCACCGCCAGAGGUGUUUGAAGCACUAGGGACCUUGCAGUUUCCUUACAUCUAUCCUGAUCCUGAAAGUCGGAGGUUGCGUGCUGCCCUUGCAGAAGACUCGGGCCUUGAGGCUGAUUAUAUUCUUGUAGGAUGUGGUGCUGAUGAGUUAAUUGAUCUUAUCAUGCGUUGUGUGCUGGAACCUGGUGACAAAAUAGUUGACUGCCCACCAACAUUUGCAAUGUAUGAGUUUGAUGCAAAUGUAAAUGGAGCUGCUGUCCUUAAGGUUCUGAGGCAUCCUGAUUUUAGCCUGAAUGUAGAAGAAAUUGCACGGGUUGUUGAAUUAGAGAAACCAAAAUGCAUAUUUCUCACUUCCCCAAAUAAUCCAGAUGGGAGUAUAAUCAGUGAUGAAACUUUGUUGAAGAUUCUUGAUCUUCCCAUACUGGUGAUUCUAGAUGAAGCCUACAUCGAAUUUUCUGGUUUGGAAUCUCGAAUGAAGUGGGUCAAACAACAUGAGAAUCUGAUUGUUCUGCGAACCUUUAGCAAACGGGCUGGUUUAGCUGGCCUUAGGGUGGGAUAUGGAGCAUUUCCUUCUAGUAUAAUCGAGUAUCUCUGGAGAGCGAAACAACCAUAUAAUGUAUCAGUAGCUGCUGAAGUAGCUGCUUGCGCCGCAUUGCAAAAUCCUACUUAUCUAGAAAAUGUCAAAGAUGCUUUGGUGAAGGAACGUGAAAGGCUUUUUAAGCUUUUGCAGGAAGUUCCUUUUCUUAAACCCUCUCCAAGCUUCUCAAACUUUAUUCUUUGCGCGGUUACCUCCGGAAUGGAUGCAAAGAAGCUCAAGGAGGACUUGGCGAAGAUGGGAGUCAUGAUCCGUCACUACAAUAGCAAGGAGCUGAAGGGUUUUGUUCGUGUAUCAGUCGGAAAACCUGAGCACACAGAUGUCUUAAUAAAGUGCCUCAAAGAAUUAUGAUGAUUCACGAGCGCUAACAAUCUUGGAUUGUCAACUGGGUACACAAUUCUUCUCCAACUGGAUUUUAUUAUUCCUGUAAAAACAACCAAAUUCUCGAUUCGUGUCAAAAACUUUGUUCUUGAAAGACAAUCUUAAAAUUUUGAAGUGAAUUUGCCGUCUAA